AUGAAGUCUGUACUGUUUGUCAAAAUGCAGAAGGAUCCAGCUUUUAAUCACCAUGCUAAAUGUGAGAAAAUGGGCAUCACACACCUCACAUUUGCUGAUGAUGUUCUCAUGUUUUGCGGGGGUGAUGUAACAUCUGUUGACAUGAUGAAGGUGCUACACACAUUUGCUGAUACUACAGAGAUGGUAGUUAACCCUAGGAAAUGCAAAGUGUUCUUUGGUGGAGUGGAUAUAGAAACCAGAAAUAAGAUCAAAGAGCUUACUACUUAUGAAGAAGGCCUGCUUCCUUUUAGGUAUAUAGGAGUUCCUCUCAUAACUAGAAAGCUCAACAUCAAACACUAUCCCCCUCUUAUUGACAAGAUCCUGGCUAAAGUGAAACAUUGGUCCUCGAGACUUCUUAGCAUGGCAGGAAGAAUGCAACUGGUUCAAAAUACAGUCAUUAUUAUUGCUCAGUUUUUGAUGCAAUGUCUCCCUAUUCCAAAAUAUGUCAUAAAGAGAAUAGAUAGCAUCUGUAGGAGCUUUGUCUGGAUUGGAAAAGUGACUGUUAGCAAGAAGAGCCCCAUUGCAUGGGAAUCUGUUUGUAAGCCAAAGAGCCUUGGAGGUGCAUAUCCAUUACCUAAAGAAGAAACCCUUGAUGGAGGCUGUAAUACGUUUUCUAAAGCUGUGUGGAAGCAUGUACUGCAGUGGUUAGGCAUAACACAUGAGCCUCAACCUUGGUCUAUUGAGAUUGGGUGGAUUAUGCAUAUGAUUGCUAAAAAAGGAUGGAGAUACAAGAUUCUAAAGAUAGCUGUGGCUGAAACUAUAUAUGAUGUAUGGCAAUAUAGAAAUGAAGUAAUUUUUGGAAAGUAUACUCAUAGGAAUACUAGCAUAGAUAUUGGAGAAAGAAUUAUAGAGAAAGUGAUGUAUAGAGGAUGGUAUUCGCCCAAUUUAAGGAAGCACAUAGCUACCUUGAUGCUUUAG